AAUUGUUUCGAAAUUAGUGUUGUGAAAUGGUCUGAAAGAAGUCUUUUGAUUUGCAACAAAACGUGAACCAAUCAUGACAAAAACGCGGUUUGUCGACUGUUUCUGGGGCAGCGAUUUUAACAGUACAACAGGAUUUGAUGUAUUGUGUAAGCGGGUGAAAGAUGGCAGACAAAUGUGUGUGGACUAUGAAGAAUUUAUUAAACAAAGAGCAGAAGCUGAAGAAAGAUAUGGCAAAGCAUUGCUAAAGCUUGCAAAAACUGGAGAGAAUGGAGUUGAAAUAGGCACAUUGAGGCAGUCAUGGGAUGUCCUCAGGCAAGAAACUGAAAGUAUGGGACGUGCUCACCUGGAGUUCAGUCAGCAGUUAAUUGACCAAAUUGAUCGAGAAGUCAGGGAAUUUAGGGAGGAUCAAAAAAACAAAAGGAAACCGAUUGAAGAGAAUGUGAAAAAAUUGCAGAAAGAGAAAAGGAACUGUUUUGAAAACAACGUAAAAGCAAAAAGAAAUUACGAACAAAAAUGCAGAGAACACGAUCAGUGUGAGGACACGUUGAAGAAAUCUGCUUCGCAGCAAAGUAAAGAGGAGGAAAAGCUUCGUGUAAGAUUAUCGAAGGCGAAAACGGCAGUUGAAAAUGCUGAUGCAAACUAUCAAAGCACAGUAAGAGCUUUGGAAGAGUCGCGUAAAGAAUGGGAAAGAGAAAUGACCACCUGCUGUAAUACUUUCCAAGAACUUGAAACCGAAAGGAUUUCCUUUCUACGAAAUAGUAUGUGGACGUACACGAACCUCGGGUCCACGAACUGCGUCAGGGUUGACCAGCAUUGCGAAGAAGUAAGGAAGUCUCUAGAACAGUGCGAUAUUAAUUCGGAUCUUCAUUUGUUCCUAAGUGCAAAGCAAACCGGAUGCGAGAGGCCUGCUGAAAUAUUCUACGAGAAUUUCUACACGACGCAGAGUAAUCAGAAGACUGGUUUACAGUCAUCACAACGACAGCCAAAUUACCCCAUGGCAAAAGUUAGUCUGCCACCUACACCUACGGUUGCGAACACUGUACCAAAAACUAACGUGAUAGAUUACGGCGAUGAUAUAGAAGAGGAUCCGACCUACUCUACGGUUCAGGACUUGAAAAAACGAACAGAGAUCAAACCCCCGACAAAAUAUGUCAAGGCCGACUUUCCAUAUGAUGCGCAGGGCAGCGAGGAACUUUCAUUCCGUGAAGGUGACGUCAUUAAAGUGCUGCGCGAGGAAGACAGCACGUGGUGGUGCGGGGAAAUUCGUGGACGUAAAGGAAUGUUCCCGCGAGAAUUUGUGUCGAGUCAUCGAAAGUAAGCAAUAAACAAAGAGAGACGUUCAAAUGAUUAGUUAGCAUUCAAUACAACUAUAUUUGUACGCAGAAUAGCGCGAGGCAAUUAGUGUUGGCCAAAAUUUUAAACAUAAGCAGGACCGCCGAGAAAGGCCUGGUGCCCAUGAACAGUUAUUUAUAGCCCUAAACCUCCGACUAUAAACUUUAUUAUAAAUAUUCACAACAGAGGCGUGGCUUAAUCUUAAACAUCAUAAAUGAGAAGAUUAACCAUGUUUUAUGUCUGAGUUAUUAGAAAAUUUAGCUCAGACACCUAUUUAAAAAAUGUUUCUUAUUUCAACCUUGGGUGAAAUGAGAUCAGCUUCGCGUUCUCUCGACAUCUGUCGUUUAGAGAUAAUAGUUCGAUAGGUUGUGGUUUGGAUUACUGAAUAUUUCUCUAAAUAUAUUCGAAUCCCUUUCUUUAUUCGCAUUCCCUUUCUUUUUCUUAACGCAUUGUGAUGUGCAAUCGUGCAUAUUUGUAUCCUCGUCUAACCCUGUAACAAUGUCGUGCAGUAUCACGGCUGAAUGCCCCCUCCCCUCUCCAACCAACUACAUAAAAUAGUAUAAUCCUUACCAACAAACAAACUUUAUAAAUGGUUACUUUCAUUAUCAAAGCAAUAAUAGUAAUAACCUAAGGUGAAAAGGUUAGAAAAUAAAUCAAACCUUUGAAGUUUGCAGUCGAGAGGUUCACGGUGCACCCUUAAAGUAUUGUAAUGUUCAUAUAUAUGUGUCUAAUGUCUAGCAUGCGUAAUUGACUUUUUGAGGUUUUCAAAACCUUUUUCACUUACGGCGGGUCUGCACAUUAGGUAGUACUGUAUUUAGAAAAAUGGCAACAACAAACGACACUUUUGUAUAUUCAAUUUUAUAUAAACAUUCACCGAUAGAAAUGAUUCCUGGCAAGGUUUAGAUUGUAGUAAAACUUUCGUUGUAGUUUUCUUCGAUCGCGCUAAUUAAUAUUUCAAUUUAUGUAUUCAAGGUCAUAUAUUCACAAUUAUUUUAGUAAUUUUUAAAUUGAAUGUAAAAUAUAUUUGUAAUCAAGAAUAUUGUAUUUGAAACUGAGUGACGUGCGUAUAUAUAACAAUCAAAGUUGAAAUAGAGAAAUUCAGUGAACUUUUACCAAUUUCUAUUACGAUAGUGUUCUAAGAUAAAGGAUUUCAAGUAAAUACCCACGUGUGAUGUAUGAAUACUGUGUAGUAUUUCCCAACUCCCAUUAAUUAACGGAGAUAGAUUUAGAUUGAGGACGGGAGCGUCAAAGACGACGUGAGAAUGGCGAAUAAAUGGCAUGAUGCUCACGCGUGUCUGGAGGUAAUGCCCGCAAUUUUGGCUUCACGAAAACAAUGAGGAAGUAUCGCUUCAGUUAUUUAUUAC